AUGCUGGCCAAAUGUCUGGGGAAGGUUGGCACUGUCGCUCAAAUGGGUUCUCGUGGUUUGUCCACAGAUGUGCGGCGUGUUGUGCUCAUCCCAGGUGAUGGGAUUGGGCCAGAAAUUUCGAAAUCUGUUCAAGAAAUUUUUGAGGCAGCUAAAACUCCUAUUGAAUGGGAUCCUGUGGACGUGACGCCAGUGAAAGGAAGAGAUGGAGUUUUUCGGAUUCCCUCGCGAUGUAUCGAGUUGAUGCACAGGAAUAAGGUUGGUCUCAAAGGGCCCUUGGAAACUCCCAUCGGCAAGGGACAUCGGUCUCUCAAUCUUGCAGUACGAAAGGAGUUCAAUCUUUAUGCUAACGUUCGUCCUUGUCGAUCCCUUGAGGGUCACAAAACCCUUUACGACAAUGUUGACGUCGUAACAUU